AUGGGAUCUUCUUUCUUCUUAUUCAUUGGUACCCUUUUGUUAUCUUGUUUUCUUGUACACUGUGGUCCUCUUUCUUUUCAACCAUUAACACCAAAUUUCACUGCUACAUUUCUCUUGUUCAUUGAUAAUUCUGGUGCUUUCUUGUCAUCACCAAAUGGAACUUUCAAAGCAGCAAUUACAAACAUAAAGCCCCAAGAAAGAUCCUACUACUUUGUCAUCAUACACUCUAACUCCCAUGUCGUUGUUUGGUCUGCGAAUCGAAAUUUACCUGUCUCUGAUUCAGCUCAGCUUCGCCUAUCUGUCGAUGGCCUUGCUCUUUUUGAUGAUUCAGGUGACCCCAUUUGGUCAACAAAGCCAUUUCAUUCACGAAAUACUAGUAGUUCUAUUACUUCUUUGCAACUUCUUGAAUCCGGGAACUUGGUUUUGGUUGAUGAUUUCAAUAAUAGUGUGUGGGAAAGUUUUGAUUUUCCAAUAGAUACCGUUGUUGUAGGCCAACGAUUACCUGUUAGGAAAUCGUUGGUUAGUUCGUUGAAAGAUGAUGAACUUGCAGAAGGCGACUAUGAAUUCUUUGUGGCAGACAAUGAUGCAAUGUUAAAGUGGAAUGAAAUGACUUACUGGAAAUUAACCAUGGAGACCAAAGUUUUUCGAGAUACAAAUACUCCGGUGGAGUAUAUGAUGAUAGAGAGUAAUGGAUUGUUUCUUUUGGGGUCUAAUGGAACAAAAAUAGCAAUCCAGUUGGUUUUGGAGGACCUGAAAUCUCCUGAUUUUAGGAUUGCUAAAUUGGAAGAAAAUGGACAUUUUACUGUCAAACGAUUUAGUGAUGGAAAUUGGUUGUCUGAAUUUAACACUCCUUCUGAUAGUUGUCGGGUUGCUUUCACUUGCAAGAAGCUCGGAGUUUGUGAUAGAGGAAGAUGUUCUUGUCCACCGGGAUUUCGUGUUAGUUCUGAGGAAAAUGGUAGUUGUGCUCCAACUGACAGAAAUUUAGUAAUGCCAGCUUCUUGUAAUGCAUCUUUGAACGCGAACGUUACUGAAUUUGGAAAUCGUGUUUCGUACCUGAGGCUGGAGAAUGGUAUGGACUAUUUUGCUAAUGAUUUUAAUGAGGCGAAAAUGCAUGGUGUUAAUUUAUCUGUUUGUCAAAAUCUUUGCUCUAAGAAUUGUUCUUGCUUGGGAGUUUUUCAUGAUCAGUCCUCAGGGUCAUGUUAUAUGAUUGAAAAUUUUCUUGGUUCGAUUUUGAGGGGCUCAGAUUCUGAUAGAUUGGGAUACGUUAAGGUCAUUUCUAAACCGUCCUCAUUUGAUCCGACUGAUAACUCAAGUAAAAAGAGUAGAUUCCCCGUCGUUGCUAUGGUUUUACUUCCUUUAUCCGGUGUUCUGUUUAUCCUUGUGAUUAUGGCUGGGAUAAUAUGGUUGAUGAGGAGAAAAAAAUUGUUGGAAAAUUCCGGCAAAGAGUUUGGUGGUGCGGAUUCUUAUUCUUCUGGUGAGUUCGAGAGUAUGUCCAUACUGGGAUUGCCUGUGAGAUUUGAUUAUGAAGAGAUUCGGGUAGCCACGGAAUAUUUCAGAACUCAAAUUGGUUCGGGCGGAUUUGGGACAGUAUAUAAAGGUACUCUUUCUGAUGGAGCGGUUAUCGCUGUCAAGAAGAUGAAUUGUCUCGGGGCUCAUGGGAAAAAGGAGUUUUGCACGGAGAUCGCGAUUAUUGGGAGAGUUCACCAUGUUAAUUUGGUUAGUUUGAAAGGAUUUUGUGCACAUAGGGGAGAAAGGUUUCUGGUGUAUGAAUAUAUGAAUCAAGGCUCGUUGGAUCGUACCCUUUUUGGGAAUGGACCUGGCUUAGAUUGGCGUACCAGGUUUGAAAUCGCGCUUGGAACAGCACGUGGGCUCGCUUAUCUGCAUGGCGGUUGUGAGCAAAAGAUCAUACAUUGCGAUGUUAAGCCAGAAAACAUACUCCUCCAUGACAACCUGCAGGUAAAAAUAUCAGAUUUCGGGCUCUCCAAGCUUCUGAAUCCUGAGCAAUCAAGUUGGUUUACCACGAUGAGAGGAACUCGAGGCUACUUAGCCCCUGAAUGGCUGACUAGCUCAGCCAUUACGGAGAAAUCAGAUGUUUACAGCUACGGAAUGGUGUUACUAGAAAUAGUACGAGGGAAGAAGAACUCCUCAUUCCAACCACCGAAUGACACUACUUCUCAAAGCGAUAGUAGUGAGAGGAAUAUGGUUUCUCCAUCAUCUCUUGGCUCAGCGAAUCAACCAAUCUACUUCCCAUUAUUUGCAUUGGAAAUGCAUGAACAGAAAAAGUACCUGGAGCUUGUGGAUCCGCGGGUUGUGGGGCGUGCCAAAAGUGAGGAAGUUGAGAAGCUAGUACGCGUGGCUUUGUGUUGUUUGCAUCAAGAGCCAACUCUGAGACCAACAAUGGCCAAUAUUGUUGGCAUGUUAGAAGGUGUGUUACCUUUGGGUGAGCCAGAGGUUCAAUCACUCAAUUUUCUGCGAUUUUAUGGUCGUAGGUUUACUGAAGCAUCGACAAUCGAGGGGGAUCAAGAGGUUAAUGUGUUUGAGUUACAUCAACAAAACAGGAACAUUAGCAGUACUACUAGUAGUUCUUACAAUUCAUUAUCUUAUAUGUCUUCACAGCAAGUCUCAGGUCCUAGAUAA